GUUGACAGCAACCAAUCAUUCAUUGACACCUCAAAGUGAUUUGGACUCCAGUAGCUCUGAAGAAUUCUAUCAAGCUGUUCACCAUGCUGAGCAAUCAUUUCGAAAGAUGGAGAAUUAUUUAAAGCAACAGCAGCUCUGUGAUGUCAUCCUGAUAGUUGGGAAUCGAAAGAUACCUGCUCAUAGGCUUGUUCUGAGUUCUGUCUCUGACUAUUUUGCUGCCAUGUUUACAAGUGAUGUCUGUGAAGCCAAGCAAGAGGAGAUCAAGAUGGAAGGCAUAGACCCAAAUGCACUCUGGGAUCUUGUGCAAUUUGCAUAUACAGGUUGUUUGGAAUUAAAAGAAGACACGAUUGAAAACCUCCUUGCAGCUGCGUGCCUUCUCCAGCUCCCUCAAGUGGUUGAAGUGUGUUGUCACUUCCUCAUGAAACUUCUGCAUCCAUCCAACUGUUUAGGAAUCCGGGCAUUUGCAGAUGCUCAAGGAUGUAUUGAAUUAAUGAAGGUGGCACACAGCUAUACCAUG